UUUGAUUCUUUCUAGUGCAUCUUUUUUUUUUUUCCAUCAAAAUCUUUGUUGUAUUUUCUACUAAAAACAAUGGCUGAAAUCGUUCUAUCUGCCUUUCUCGGAAUUGUUUUUGAGAAGGUAGCCUCUGCAGCCAUAAACAAGGUUGCUCGGUCCAAAAAAAUUCAGUCCCACCUCAAGAAAUUGGAGUCUUCAUUACCCAACAUCCAAGCUCUGCUUAAUGAUGCUGCUGAGAAAGAAAUAAUAGACAAAAGAGUCAAAAACUGGCUAAAUCGUCUCCAACAUUUGGCUUAUGAUAUAGACGAUAUACUCGAUUCUUUGGCUACUGAUGAUGCUAUCAAUCAUGAGCUGACUGAAGAAUCUCAAGAAUCUGUGGUCAAAAAGGUAAAAAGAAAACUCAUCCCAACAUGUUGUACUAGUAGUUUCUCAUCAUCAUCAACUACUAAUAUGCAUCACAAGUUAAAUGAUAUUAUCACCAAGUUGCAAGAACUAUAUGAAGAAAAAAGCAAUCUUGGUUUGACUGUUAAAGAUAAAAAGUCCAAAAAUAUAAACAGAAUUUACCAGACCUCUUUGUUUGAUUCACCUAAUAGUAUAGUUGGAAGGGAAGCUGAAAAGGAGAUUAUGCUUCAGAAACUAUUGGGUGAUGAACCGUCUGAUCAAAACAACUUUAGCAUCAUCCCGAUUGUCGGUAUGGGAGGGAUCGGAAAAACCACUCUUGCUAGACUUUUGUAUAACGAACCAAAAGUCAAGCAACACUUUGAACUCAGGGCGUGGGUUUGUGUUUCAGAUGAGUUUGAUAGCUUCAGUAUAAGCAAAGUUAUCUAUGAAGCUACAGCUAGUGAAGAAAAGAAAGAGAAGAAAUUCGCUGAUUUAAAUUUGCUUCAAGAAGCUCUUAGAGAUCAACUUAUGGGGAAACAAUUUCUACUAGUUUUGGAUGACGUGUGGAGUGAAAGAAUUGUAGAUUGGAAUACCUUAGUGCCUCCAUUUCACGCUGUGGCCCCUGGAAGUAAGAUUAUCAUCACAACUCGAAAGACACAGUUGCUUCAACAGUUAGGAAACGAUAAUCCAUACGAACUGAAUAAGUUGUCACAGGAAGAUGCUUUGUCUUUGUUUGCUCAGCAUGCACUAGGUGCAACUAACUUUCAAUCGUAUCCAACACUCAGAUUAUAUGGUGAAGGCAUCGUGCGAAAAUGUGAUGGCUUGCCUUUGGCUUUAAAAUCACUUGGAAGUUUAUUGAGGACAAAAACAAAUGAAGAAAAAUGGAAGGAGUUGCUGGAAAGUGAGAUAUGGAGUUUAAAAGAGGAUGGUGGUAUCCUUCCUGCGCUUCGACUGAGCUACCUUGAUCUUUCAGCAUGUUUGAAGCAAUUAUUUGCAUACUCGUGCUUGUUCCCUAAGGAUUACACGUUUGAAAAGGAAGACUUGAUUUUUUUAUGGAUGGCGGAGGGGUUUUUGCUUGAAUCAAGUACUAGCAAGUCAAUGGAAUGCUUGGGCGAGGAACACUUUGAUGAAUUGUUGUCAAGGUCAUUUUUUCAACACGUGCCAAAUGAUGAAUCCUUAUUCAUGAUGCAUGACCUCAUGAAUGAUUUAGCUACAUCUGUUGCCGGAGAGUUUUUUAUAAGGUUAGACAUUGAUAUGGUAAAGGAUUUUCGGAAGCAAAAUUUGGAAAAGUACCGACAUAUGUCCUUUGUUUGUGGGGAAUUCACGGCUUUCAAAAAGUUGAAGGAAUUCGAAAGAGCUAAUAGUUUGAGGACAUUUUUAGCCGUGCCCGUUGUAUUGAGAGAUAGGCGUGAGGAAUUUCAUUUACCGAAUAAGAUUUUGGUAGACAUCCUACCCCAGUUACCAUUAUUAAGGACUCUUUGUUUGAGUAAAUUACGGAUACAUGAGGUACCAGAGUCUGUUGGCGAUUUAAAGCACCUGCGGUAUCUUAAUCUAUCUCGAACUCAAAUCUCAAAUAUUCCCGAAAAAGUUUGUAGUCUUCAUAACUUACAAACAUUGAUCGUGUUUGGCUGUUACUAUUUGAGUGAGUUGCCCAACGACUUUAUAAAGCUUAGAAAUUUACGGCAUUUUGACAUUAGGGACACUCCGCUUUUGGAGAAUAUGCCGUUGGGUAUUGGUGACAUGAAAAGCCUACAAACUUUCUCCCAGAUCGUUAUUGGGGGAAAAAAUGAGUUUCCAAUAAGCCGGCUAAAACACAUAAAGAAUCUUCGUCAGAGAGUCUGUAUCCAUGUGCUAGACAAAUUGCAAGACAACGAUCAAGUACAGGAGGUGAACCUAUCACAGAUGAAGCUUAGAGAGUUAGUGGUGAGAUGCAGUGAUGUGUUUGAUGGCUCUCGAAAUCAAAGACUUGAAAAGGAGCUCCUGGAUGUGCUUAAACCUCAUAGAGAUAACUUGAAAAGUCUUAAAAUUAUGUCAUAUGGGGGUACAGAGUUUCCAAAAUGGGUUGGGGAUUCCUCGCUUUGCAGACUGACUGUUGUUAAUAUGUAUAAAUGCAGAAAUUGUGUAGUUUUGCCACCACUUGGGCAGCUGCCAUCGCUAAGAGAUUUGUCUAUUGAUAAAAUAGAUGAUGUGAAAAAGGUAGGUUCAGAAUUCCUUGGGAAUGGUCCAGCAGCAUUCCCUUCACUUGAGAUUCUAAGAUUUUCAAGGAUGACACAGUUAGAGGUAUGGUCAAUCAAUGCGGUGGGUGUUGCAAUGUUUCCCUGCCUCAAACAACUUUAUAUACGUAAAUGUCCACGAUGGGAGGUGUGGUCAGCCAAUGCCGAUGUCACAGUGUUUCCAUGCCUUCAAGAGCUUGCUGUGAGUAAGUGUCCUAGUUUGGUUAAAGUUUCACUUGAAUCACUACCUUCAUUGAGGGUUGUAAGUGUAAGUAAUGAAGUUUUGUUGACAAGUCUGGUUAGUGUAGCUUCAUCAAUCACCAAGUUAACUAUAUCAGGACUUAUUGAUGAUGUGUGGGGAGGUGUUGUACAAUAUUUUGGGGCAAUUGAAAAAUUGUCAGUAAAUUGGUGUCAGAAAUUGGUGAGAAUAUCAAGAGGAGAAAGAGAGAAAGAGGGGGAGGAGGAAGGGAGCAACCUCCUCCUCCCAGCAUCUCUUAAGAUGUUAGACCUAAAUCUUUGUAGGAAUCUGAAAUAUUUGAGUUGUCGAGAUAGCAUUGAAACCUUGAAUAUCUAUAAUUGUGAGAACUUGGAGCAUUUGAGUUGUCCAGCUAAUAACAUUCAAGAUUUGCGUAUAGGUGGUUGUAGUUCAAUUACAUCAGUCUCCUUCCCAACAGGAGGAGGGGGAGGAUGGCAGAAGCUCAAGUCACUUUAUAUAUGGGGGUGUAACUCACUGUUGGAAAAGGAGUUGGAAAAGCAGGUGUUGAUAAUAAUCAACAACACCACAAACAACAUGCCAAUUCUUGAAAUAUUACGCAUACACGGUUGGAAAGAUCUGCAAUCAACGAAAUUUACAUAUUUCAUUCGGCUCAUGAAGUUGGAAAUAGAAGAUUGUGAGAGAAUAGAGUCAUUCCCUGAUUUGCAGGAUCUCGUCUCGUUAAAACGUCUGAGGAUCUUUGGUUGUAGAAGUAUGGAUAGUCCUCCUCUUAGAAGAAGCAGUGGUGUAACCGGGGUUUGGCCUCCCAAAUUGGAUUCAUUAAGUAUAGGAGAGUUGAAGAGGCCUAUAUCAGAAUGGGGGCCACUCCCAAACUCACUCGUUGAACUAUAUCUAUGGGGUGGAUUUGGAUCGGAAGAAGAACACGUCAAGAUUUUCCCAGCUUCACUUCUUCCUUAUUCAUUAUCAUCUUCUCUUACUACACUUGAAUUAUUUAAUUUUAGAGAAAUGGAAAUAAUAUCAUCAGAGGGACUCCAACACCUGACCUCCCUUCAACAUCUUUCCAUUAACCAUUGCCCUAAGUUGAAAGAUCUGCCUGAAAUGUUGUUGCCUUCAUUGUUGAGCUUGUAUAUAUACAAAUGCACAGAAGAACUGAAAGAAAAGUUGAUGAGUAAAAGAGGAUCCUAUUGGCCCCUUCUCUCCCAUAUCCCUCAAGUCGACAUAAGCUACUGUGAUUAAAAACUAUCAACUGAUAUGAAGUUAUGCAUGAAUAUUUUUGAGUUUUCACCCUAAUACACAACAACCUGAGGCGUGAAAGUAUCCUCCUAGUGUCUCCCAAAUAUGUCAAAAUUAUGUAUUACAAGGUUCAUAAAGGUCUCCAAAGUACAGUUCUUACACCAAAAGAGUUUCAAAGUCUAGUUCUGAUAAAGAAAGAAAGAAGAGUUAGCAUUAUUUGCCGAGAAGCUUCGUUUUUAGUCCUCCAAUUCUGGUUUUAUCAUGCCAUAUGGUUCUAUCAUUCCGCGGACACGCAGAAAAGUAUGUAAGGAAGCAGAAGCUGGACUGGCCGCAGGGUGCUACCUCACGAUGGAGUACAGAACCGGUUUGGAAGCUGCCUCGCCUUCAGGUUCUUGAUGGACAACAUUUCUAUCUUUAUUUGUGCUUUGUACAACCAUCUGGGUGACAUUAAAUGUUUUGGGAUUUUAUUGGGUCACACCAAAAUAGAUACCAGGGUCCAAUGGGCUGCUCUUGAAAUUAGUCCAUCCAUUAGGAUGGGUCAACCCAGUCCGAACCGAACCAACACAGCUGACCUGAGAAUUUUUAUGACCCAUCCUCACUUGUAAUGUGUCCAACCCAUCCCAACCCAUCCAUUUUACCUCCUACAAUUGGAACCAACUUUUGUAGAUAAAUGUUUAGAUUGUAGGUUGCCUCCUGAUGGAACUUUUCAUUUGCUUCUUCAAAUCUGGUUUAAUACAAAAGAGUUGACAAUCUUGGACCCAUAUGUUUUUCAAUGGGUCAAUGAAGAUGUAUGUAAAAUGUGAUCAUUUUUUAAUUCCUAAUUUAGAAAGUAGCUUUGAAGGAAAUCGUUCAAAUGUGUCCAGCGGUUCGAAAGUCAUCAAAAGUGUAAUUUUAAUGCAUUAAACCUCCUAGAUCCUGUGUUGACUUGUGACCUGGUAUGCCUGACCCAACUGUUUUGUACCUGUAUAAUUUAUCAUUUGAAAUACAAGUUAUAUAUAAUGCUUUAAUUUAUUAAUGCACUUCAUGGUA